AUGUCUGACACAAAGUCGAAGGAGUCUGGAGUUAAUGCUGGAUCAGCUAAGAGUACUGAGGCACACCACAGUACGGAAUCCAAGCAGGUGGUAGCUGUUCAAAGUGUGGACAAGGGGGUGAGUAAGCAUCCGCUAAAUCGUCCAUGGACGCUGUGGUACGACUCCGUAUCAACGUACGACAGUCAGAGAUGGGAGCAUUCCCUUGUUGAGGUGAUGACGGUGCGAACUGUGGAGGACUUCUUUACGAUGCUGCACUACUGUAAGCCACCACAUGUUCUCCGUGUGUCUGCGCAGUAUCAUUUCUUUCGCGAAGGUGUGAAGCCAAUGUGGGAAGAUCCCAGCAACAAGGGAGGUGGUAAGUUGUGGUUGAGUUUUGACGGAAAGAUCUUUGGUGGCGCCGCCGUCGGUAAAAAAGUGGAAACUGCCAACACAAAUGGUACUGUUACUGGAGACGGCGCCAACAACAAUAGUGCCAGUUCACAGGAAAAGUCAAAGAAGGAAGAACAGGAUGUCGAGAAGAGCCCUGAGCUGGACACCAUUUGGGAAAAUGCGCUCAUGGCAAUGGUUGGCGAGUACCUUGACGACGAUGUAGGCGGCGAGCACAUUAUGGGCGUGGUGCUCUCAAAACGCAAGUACCAAAACCGCCUGGCAUUGUGGUUGCGUGAUGCCACCGCCACUGAGGCGAUUUCGCGCAUUGAGAGGCAACUAGUAAAGGAACUGGGACUGCCGUCCCGCGCGCGUUUCAUCUUUACUCCACACGUUAGCGGGAAAUCGUAA